UGGUUUGUAGAUCGAAGAAGUUGAAAGAACACAACACUCUGCCUCUCCUCGUGAUUCUCAUUAAUAUCAUUCCUCUUUCUCUCUCUCUUUUAAAACUCUAUCUCUCUCUGUCUUCUUCUCUUUACCGAUUGAUCUCGGAGGUGAAAUAUUCGAAUCGUCCGAUGGAUGACGGUGGUGGAGUGGGAGCAGGAUGCAUCCGGAUCAGAUGUCCUUCGCCACGGAGAAUCGUAUCUCGAUGGUUCUCCCCACAUGAGAGAAAGGUCAAAGGAAAGAAGACGGCUACGGCUGAAGCACGCGUGUCACCCUGUGAUGAUGUGAGGAUCAAAACUUGCUCUGAGGAUGAUGUUCAUCUUGGCCAAUCCUCAGAUUCGACGCCACGUACGAUCGAUUCUUCCGAAUUGCAAAGGAGGGAAUUUUUGUUUAGUAUUGGAGUGAGUUGUUAUCUGCUGCAUCUGAUCGCUACUGGUAGAGAAGAGAUUCACAAGAUCGUUGAGCUACAGAACGAUUUAGAGAAGGUUUUGGAACGUCGGAACGAAGAACUAAGGCGGAAACAGCAAGAGUUUGUCGAGUUACGUAACGAUAUAGAGAAGUUUCUAAAGUUUCACAAGGAUGAUUUAAGGCGAAAACAGCUAGGGUUUCAGUUUGGGAAGCAAGAGAGAAGUGAAACAUCUGCUGCUUAUUCUACCAUUAGUGAAGUUGUAGAUGGCCCUGAGUCUUCUACUACUGAUCACUAUUACUCUCCACAGAUCCUGGAGACAUCUUUGAGUGUUGGAGGUGAAGGGUCUUUGUCACAUUAUGUGUUUAAGCGAGGGGAUGAUUUUGGAGGUGAUAUGGAUCAGCUUGAAGCUGAACUUGAAGCUGAGUUUAAGCUUCUUCAGAUUGGUCAAGGCCAGGAUGGCCAAUGUUCUAAUCUUAAGGAGGUUUCAGAGAAGAGUGAAGAAGAUUCAGAAGGAACAAGAUUCGGACACGUGUGUCCAGGAAUAAUGGAGCAACAACAAGGAGUGUGUCCUUAUGAGCUGGAGAGAAGACUACACGAGGUAAUGGAGACAAGACAAGAAGAGGAGAUAAAAGAGUUAGAGAUUGCAUUGGAAGAUGCCAAACAAAGGCUAUAGUUGAAAGAGACGGAAGCUUCUUGGUGGAAAGACACUGCUUAUAUAGUCUCUGAACGUAUUCCAGAACCUUCUUCUAGAAUAAUAAUCAACUCUAGCUCUCGAACUCACCCUUACCCUGUUUCUAGGUGAGAAGAUACUAUUUGUUUAUUUCUUGUUUUCAUUACAAAAAGUGAAAACAGAGUAUGUCAUUUUUUUUUGUGAAGAAGCAACAUAUUAAUUAAUUAAUUAAUAUAUUUGUCUUUAUAUCCUCAAUUUGUCCAAAUUUGGGCCCAAAAAAAUAAAAAAUAAAUU